AUGACUGAGCAUGUCAAAAAGCGGCAGAAGCUCGAGCACACCAAUGGCAAGACAAAGGCAGCUUCAAAGAGCUCAAGCAAGCCAGCAGCGAGUCAUGAGGUCCAGCCGCAAGCAGACACAUCCCAGGCACAUCAAUCUGCUCGUGGUAGCGUCUAUAUAGACGAAGAGCAGCUCUUCUCAUCGAGCAGCGUUGACGUGCACCGAGCCGGCAGCAAGGAGAAGCAGCGCACAUGGCCAGACACGCUCUUCACGCGGCCACAUUCACUCGUCGAGCUUGAAAACGUCUUUCGUCCAGAUCUGAUUGACCAAGUCGAACAGCAGCUGCGCACCGAGCUCAAGUACACUCACAACGAGUCUGAUCUCUUCUCGUACCACGGCACGGCCGAUCUAGCUUCUGCUGAUCUCGUCAAAUCUGAAAGCCCGCUUGGCAAGCUCAGAGACGCGUUGUACAGUCCUGCCUUCGUGCAGCUCGUAGAGGGUCUGCUUGGCGUGGAGCUCGAUCACACUGCAAGACCAGAUCUGUCAUCUCACAUCUACAAGACCGGUGAUCACUUGCACAGUCAUGAUGAUAACAUCAAGGCAGCGGAUCAAUCAAUGUCGGGCAGACGUGUCGCUUUUAUCCUAUACCUUGUCGAUACCGAAUGGGACAAUGGCGGAGAUCUUGUCUUUCAUACUGACCGAUCCUACGAACCACGAGAUUGCAAGGAUGACCAGCUUGUUUGCAAACCCCGACGAGGCAAGAUUGCGUUCUUCGAAGUGACUGCCACUUCGUAUCACGAAGUCACAGAGGUGCUCGACAGUGAGAAAGGUCGGCUGUCCAUCUCGGGCUGGUAUCAUGGCUCGCUCGACUGUCGCCUCGCUCUGCGUGGCUUCACACCAAUGUGGACGAAGGACCAAGACUUGCAACUGAUUAAUCCGACCUAUCUAGAUACGAAUAGCCAAGCUCAGAUAAGAGAGCAGUUCGCAGAAGAGUCGUCUGUCGAACUACGGUCAUUCCUGACAGAUGAAGCUCUAGAGCAGUUGAUCUCAACAGGACCACCCACGACCAUGCUAGGUCCGCCGUACUUGCGACGCUUUGCUUCUGCCAGUGCGGAAAGCAACAUCGUCGGGCGCCUGUUACAGUCCAGCGCUUUUCACAGAUGGGUCACAGACGUAACUGGCCUGCCACUUGCGCAAUCGCAUCGGACCAUGCCACGUUGCUUCCUUCCCGGCGACUAUACUCUGCUGCAUGACGAAGGCCAUGACCCUCAAGGUCUCGACAUUGUCUUCACCUGGCAUCGUCAACCUGUGGAAUGGCAGCCAGAAUGGGGUGGAACGCUACAUUACCUCGAUGGCGAGCCCGAAGAAGGCGACAAUUCCGAAUUACUCACCCUUGUGCCUCAUCACAAUUCACUAGCGCUUGUACUGCGCACGACAGGCACGUAUAAAUUCGUGAAGCGUGUCAAGGCACAUACUGCGGGUCCCGCCUUUUCAGAACGGCUGGAUGUCGAAUCGGUCUACGUGCUACCUCGAUCUUACUACGAUGAGAACGGAGACUCGGAAGCAAGCGAGGAAGCCCACUAG